AGUUGCAUCGGACUCGGUUGGUUGUUUGGGUGGCAAUGAAGGUGAGGUGCUUUCAGAAAUGAGAGGACUCACUGGUGCUGAUAUACGGAUACUGGAUGGGGACCACAUUCGGAAUUGUGCUUCAGGGAAUGAUGUAGUAGUACAGAUUACAGGUGAAUAUAGAAGUGUACAGGAUGCUCUGUUUCAAGUCACUUGUAGUCUAAGGGAUAAUCUUUUGCUGGGUGAGGUGCGCAAGGCAGUAAGAGCGAAGUACCCGUAUAUGAGAUUGAUCGUGGACCCUCUGAGAAAUGAUCCUGUUCCUCACAACAUAGGUGCUCUUUCUCCAUCAAGGUUGCCAUUCCCAAAGACCUUGGGAAGAGGACAAACAACAGCAAUCUCAGAUAGUGGAAGUGGCUUGAGAACAUUUGGUGAGGAUUUACAGCUUGGGAGUGGACACAAUCUUACUACUGUGGCAAAUACAAGUGUGGAGAUUUUGAUUUCGGAACGUGCCUUUAGCUCUGUUUACGGUGAAGAUGGGAGCAAUUUGGUUCGCAUAAUACAGAUUUCAGGUGCAAAAGUUGAAGUGCAUGAUCCUCGUCCUGGCGAAGGAAAGGGAGGGUUGUUAUAUCAGGGACACCUGAUAAAACCCUUAUGGCCCAGAGCUUGCUUCAAGCCUUCAUCAAAAGUGCAGGGAGAACACCAUAGCAUUAGUCUCAUCACAUUUGAUCAUCGAGUUAAUGGCAGACGAGUUGGGUUGGAUUCAAAGUGGUCAUGGCAUGGUCACAACGUGAUGGAGAUUGGAGGUGAAGGUUGGAUUUUGGAUCAGCAUGGAUUGGCGGAGAUCGAAGAUCAUGGUGGCGUGGGUUUGGAUCAGUGGGCUAUGUGGGUCGUGGGUCAGGUGGUGAGUGUGGAGUUGUGGGUCAAGUAGGGUUGUGGUGUGGAGAUUGGUGGGUUUCUCUUGAUUAUUUGAUGGUGGUUCUUUUGGGUUUGGGUGUUGUGUGUGGCUUCGUUGGUCCCAUG